AAUUAACAUCUUAUUUGUAGCAAUUUUAUUGUUUUUGUUGUGAAUGUUGGUGUUUAAUAAUGGACAACAAACAUCUUUUCCGGAGUUCGGUCGCAUAAACACCGUCACAUCCUCUUCCUUUUGCAGUUUUUAGGGGCCUGCAAGAAACGAAAACAAGGUGCAUGUAGCUAGGCUUUGCUAUUUUUUCACCCCUAUUUACAUUAUACCCGGAGCGGAUGGAGCUUAUCAACAAAUAAGAGUGAAUAGUCAGUUUUAAUCGAUAAUGCAAAUGUGAGUGUUGAAAUGCAGCUGUCGGCAGCAGUAUCCAGUGAAGCCAGAGGAAUGCCUGCAGCAGAGAGCAACCAUGCACAGCGUGUCCUCUCCUCCCUGAACCAGCAGAGGGCAGUGGGGAGGUUUUGUGAUGCAGUGUUGAAUGUGGGAGGUGGGGUGGUCUACCUCGCCCAUCGAAACAUCCUUGCCUGUUUCAGUGAACUGUUCCAGCAGUCCAACAUGCCCACUUCACCGUGCAUGGAGUUCUGCCUUCAAGAGUGCCCCAACGAUGGCCUGGAGCUGCUCCUUAAUUUCGUCUACACCGGAGAGCUCAAGCUGAAUCCUGACAACCUGGACAAGGUGCAGCAGGCAGCAGCCAGCCUUUGUGUCCCAGAAGCACUUGCACUCUGUCAGCAGUUCAAGGAAACAUCUGUUGAUCCGGUGCCUUUCAAGCGUAAAAGAGGCCGACCUAGAAAGUCUGCAUCAGAUACAACCUCUCAAUGUUCAGUCAAAGAAGAGAACUUGCCUACAGUCACAAAAGAUGAGUCCAGUGUCGAUACUGACACAGCCAGUCUAAGCUCCACUACUACCACCACCCGCUCUGGUCGUGUAGUGAAGGGCCCCAGGCGACUGGUGACCGAUGAGAGCUCCAACACUGAUUUUACAGCCACUGAAACAGCGAGCAAGAGGGCCCUGAAUAUUCCUGUGGAGAAGGAAAGUGGUGAUGUUGUUGUGGAAAAUCAAAACCCAGAUCAGCCAGCUGGUGAAACUGAGAUGACCGACUUACAGAUUGACAUAAACGACAAUGGUGUUAGCAGAGUAACAGAGGAGGCAGAGGAGGAUGAAGAUGUGGGGGAUUUUGAGGGGAUCACUGAAGGCUCAGAUGAGGAGUAUGUGCCCAUUGCCGAGGCCACUUCUUCAGCCCCGUCCACAUCGACCGCACGGAAACGCAAGGCCCAGAGUAAGACGGAGAAAACUGAGAAUGGCGAGGCUGUUGAAGAAGACUCCAAGAAGGACUCUGUGCAGUGUCCCAUCUGUGACAAAUCCUUCAAGAGCAAGUACUACCUCAAAGUCCACAACAGGCGGCAUACAGGGGAGAGGCCCUUCGGUUGCCUUAAAUGUGGAAAGAGGUACUUCAGGAAGGAGAAUCUUUUAAUACACGAGAUCAGAGACUGUGCUCGAGUUCAGACGUACACCUGCGUGACGUGCUCCUCAACCUUCAGUGGAAAAGAACAGUUACGUCUGCACGUUGUGUCCCACACGGGAGAUAUGCCCCACAAGUGUUCGUCGUGUCCUGAACAGUUUCUGUACAAGAAGAAUUUAACGAUUCACAUGAUGAAGAUCCACGGUUAUCCAAAACCACAUGCAUGUCCCCAGUGCCCCAAAACCUUCUUGACUCGGACAGAGCUGCGUGUGCACGAAGCCGCCAAACAUCGCGGUGAAAAGCCGUUUGUGUGUGAGGAGUGUGGCCAUCGAGCGUCCAGUCGAAACGGCCUGCAGAUGCAUAUCAAAGCCAUUCACAGAAACGAGCGGCCUUUUGUAUGUAACUUAUGUGGGCAUGCGUUCUCCCAGAAGAACAACCUCAACAUGCAUCUGCGUAUACACAGUGGUGAGAAGCCUUACCAAUGUCAUCUCUGUGGCAAAACCUUCAGGACGCAAGCCAGUCUAGACAAACACCAUCGGACACACACUGGCGAGCGUCCCUUCAGCUGUGAUGUCUGCGAGCAGCGUUUCACAGAGAAGGGCGCCCUGGUCCGCCACAAGGCCAGCAAGCACGAGGAAGGCCGUCCCCACUGUUGUCACAUCUGUGGCAAAACCUUCAAAGCGAGGGAGCAACUUCGAGUUCAUCUGCGUCGCCACAAAGGCAUGAGGAAGUUUGAGUGUAUAGACUGCGGCUACAAGUUCACUCGACAGGCACACCUGAGGCGACACAUUCAAAUCCACAAGCGCACUGAGAACUACAACCCCCGGCAGAGGAAACUGAGGAACGUAGUGGUGCAGGAUGUUGAAGGAAGUUCUGGUGAGAACGAAGCAACUAAAACGGGGGGAGCCUCCCUGAUGACCGAGCAAACAGAUUACACCCCAGACACCGGAAACAUCCAGGAACCCACAAACCCAGACACGGACUCCUCGACCGCCCUCGGUCCUAGCUGCAUCGUGAGGGUGGUGAUCGAGUCGAGCGACCCGGUGAUGGAGGAGGUGGUGUCCAAUCAGAACCUGGGACCUGUGGAGGCAGCAGAGAGUUUCUCCGUGCCAGAGGUUUUGCAGCAAACACAGCUGGUCACUGAGGCGUACGGGUCCACGAUGGAUAUGGAGGGAAUCGUUCAGAAUAUAUCAGAGAGGAAGACCUGAGGACAGAAAGACCAGAGACUGUGAGAAGCCCACUCCGAACUCAGGUGUCUGUGUUGACCACUUCCUAAAGGAGAAGCACUUAACUGUGAUUCAGACGGCGAGGCAAAGCCUGAAACAUUCGGCCUUACAGAUCCAAAGAUGAAACUGCAACAAAGUUGGCCACUGUUGAGUUUCUAGACAUGCAAGAGAAGAGUAGCAAGUAAUAGUUAAAACGCAGCAAGCGAACUGCAUGCUUCGAAAAACUGCUUGAACGUGAAAUAACAUUUUUUUGUUUGUUUUAGUGAACUUCCUUUUAUCAGUGUGCCCACUGCAGCUGGAUACAGAACACCAGUAAUGAAUGAUCUUCACUGGUGUUCAGAUUAAUGAAGGUAUUAAAGGAAUAGUUGGACAUUUUGGGAAAUGUUUAGGGUGGAGAGUUGGACGAGAAGAUCGCUACCACUCUCAUAUCAGACCAUUUAAUUUUAGGCUACAGCCAGAAGCUAGUUAUUACGGCAUAGCUUAGCUUCACAAAAAGACUGAAAACAGGGAAAUGGCUAAAACUGCCUCUGUCAAAUAGCUAUGUAGCUAAUCAACAUGGUAUACAUCGUUCAUUUAUGUGCAAUUCAUUUAUUUUUUGGCUGCAAGUUUUUGUUGAUAAUUUUUGUUACUGAGACAGGGUACCUUUUUUUCCCCUAUUUCCAGUCUGUAUGCUAAGCUUACCAGCUACUGGCUGUAGCUUCAUAUUUAACAAAAAGACGACGUGCUACUGAUUUUCUUGUCUUAACUCUUGGCAAAAAAACAAAUAAACAUUUAACAAAAUGUGAAAGCCAGUUAAAGGAACCCUGUGGAGUUUCUGACCAGAAGUAGCGCUGUGGAGCAACGUUUGUAUGAGUGAGUCCCCGAUUUGUUUGUGAUGAGCAGGUAAACGAGGACGUGGGUGACCACGAUGACGCUCAAAGAAGUACAGCAAUCCUCCCAAGGCAGUGAAGAAGAAGACUGCUAGUAAACAAGCAUAGUAGUUGUAAGUGCAUGCAGUAUGUUCCUUGGACUUUAAGACUACACACAAGGCAUUUUAGUGAGAAUCACUGAAUGUAAAACAUCACUUUUAGUUUUAUUUUUAACUCCACAGGGUGCCUUUAAUGUAAAAAGGUGAAAGGUUAUCUCAUUUACAAUUUCCUCAAUCAACAUAGGUCAUAAAAGAUGUACAGUUUUUACAGCUGUCAAAACAUCCUCACUUGGAAUUCAUGUUACAGAUUUAUAAUUUUGUUUUAAAACACCCACUUUAAUGAUUGGACACAUUAGCUUACACUUGCUAUUUAUAAAAAACUUAAUGCGUUAAUUGUCUUUUCACACUCUGCUGCAGCUACUGUCGUUUGUUUAUAAGAAAUGUAAGAACAUUUGCAUCCUGCUAAAAGCUCAUUAUGUGUUUUACAACAGAAUAAACUCAGAUCUGCCCGCA